CUUCAGUCGACGAUACAUCGUCUCGAGAUGUGCACGUGUUUUAAUCGUUGUUCUUCUUUUUCUUUAUUCAAAAGUUUACUUCUCUUCGUAGUGUUUGAAUAACGUUUGAAUAUUUAUUUUUAUUACACGAAUAUACACGAUGAUAACUUUACGUACGAUUGUAGUUGUCGUCGUUAUCGUCUAAUUGAAAAUAUAAAAAUAAAAAAAAAAUAAAUAAAUAAAACAAUAUUUUAUAGUUUUAUCGAGCAAAUUAAACGAUAAAAGAGAAGAGAAAAAAGAAAAACAAACGGAAAUAUGUCACGUCGGAAUAAACCAAUAAAAAUUACUGCUGUGGGAGAUGGAAUGGUUGGAAAGACAUGUAUGCUUAUUACAUAUACAACGAAAAAGUUUCCAACAGAAUAUGUGCCUACCGUCUUCGACAAUUAUGCAGAUAUUAUUCGUUUAGAUAGCCAAGAAUUUGAUAUAACGCUUUGGGAUACAGCUGGUCAAGAAGAUUACGAACGUCUUCGACCAUUGUCUUAUCCGAAUACCGAUUGUUUUUUACUUUGUUUCUCGAUUAGUGCUCGUAGUUCUUAUGAAAAUGUCGCGAGUAAAUGGUAUCCAGAGAUAAAACAUCAUUGCCCACAUGUGCCAAUAAUUCUUGUCGGUACUAAAAGCGAUCUCAGAAAUCAAGACAAUUUAGAUAUAAUAACUCCUCAGGAAUGUAAAAAAAUGAAAAAUAAAAUCAAAGCUUCGAAAUACGUCGAAUGUUCGGCUGUAAAGCAGGAAGGCUUGGAAAACGUCUUCAUAGAGGCUAUUAGAGCGGUUUUGAAAAAACCGCCAUCUAGGAAACUCUGUUAUAUUUUUUAAUAAAAAAAAAAAAAAAAAAAAAAAU